CACCUCGCCGCCGCCGGCCCGCGUUCAGCUCCGCCCACCGCCGCGUGCCGCCCCUGCCGGACCCUGUCCCACGCCUGUUCGCCCGCACCCGCCGCGCUCACCCCGCACUCGCACUCGCACUGCCGCCCAGCAUGGUCCAGGACAUCGUCGCCGAGGCCAGCAACGGACACGCCGCCGCCGCCAAUGGCCACGCCAAUGGUAACGGCCACGCCAAUGGCAACGGCAAGGCCGCGCCCGCGUACGGCUUCAGCACACGCGCCAUCCACGUCGGCUCCGAGCCCGACGAGGGCACGCAGGCUGUGAUCCCGGCCAUCAGCCUCAGCACCACGUACAAGCAGGACGGCGUCGGCGGCAUCAAGGCAUACGAGUACUCCCGCUCUGCCAACCCGAACCGCGAUGGCUUCGAGCGCGCGCUCGCCUCGCUCGAGGGCGGCAAACACGGCCUGGCCUUUGCCAGCGGCAGCGCCACGACGGCCACCAUCCUCGCGUCGCUGGCGCCCGGCAGCCACGUGCUGAGUGUCAAUGACGUGUACGGCGGCACAUACCGCUACUUCACAAAGGUUGCGUCGACGAUGCAGAACGUGGUGACGGACUUUGCGGAGCUCGGCGGCGAGCGUGAGGAGGUCGAGGCGACGCUGAAGAGCAAGCUGACUGCGCAGACCAAGCUCGUCUGGCUCGAGACGCCGACGAACCCGACGCUGCGGCUCAUCGACAUUCGCCUCGUCGCCGAGGUCGUCAAGGCGGUCGCACCGCAGGCGGCGCUUGUGGUCGACAGCACGUUCCUCUCGCCGUGGUACCAGAACCCGCUGGCGCUCGGCGCCGACAUCGUCGUGCACUCGAUCACCAAGUACAUCAACGGCCACUCGGACGUGGUGAUGGGCGCAGCAGUCACGAACGACGAGGCGUGGGCGCAGAAGCUGCGCUUCCUGCAGAACUCCAUCGGCGCCGUGCCGUCUGCCUUCGACUCGUGGCUCGCCCUCCGCGGCCUCAAGACGCUGCCGCUGCGCCUGCGCGCCCACGGCGAGUCGGCGCUGGCUGUGGCCGAGCACCUGGCGCAGCACCCCGCCGUCGCCGAGGUCAUCUACCCGGGCUUGCCAUCGCACCCGUCGCACGCCCUCGCCCGCACACAGGUCGCCCCGCGCGCGGCCCCCAAGGCCGAUAGCGGCGCCUUUGCGUACGGCGGCAUGGUCUCGUUCCGCCUGCGCAGCAAUCCCAAGGACGAGCGGCCGGCAAAGGCAUUCCUCAAGAAGCUGCGCGUCUUUACGCUCGCCGAGAGCCUCGGCGGCGUCGAGAGCCUGAUCGAGCUGCCGAGCCUCAUGACGCAUGCGAGCGUGUCCGACGAGGACCGUGAGAAGCUCGGCGUCGAGCACAACCUCGUGCGCGUGUCGGUCGGCCUCGAGGACAUCGAGGACCUCAUCGCCGACCUGGACCACGGCCUCGAGGGCCUGCAACUCGCCUAG